AAUUCAGCCCGGGUGGGUCGCAUCAACCGGGCCGAGAAGCGGGUCACCUCGAUGGUUGCCGUGAUGGUCGUUGCCUUCAUGAUCGCGUGGACUCCGUACGCCGUGUUUGCGCUGAUCGACCAGUUCGGGCCGACGGAUCUGAUCACUCCGGCCCUGGGCGUCCUCCCAGCGCUGAUAGCCAAGUCCAGCAUCUGCUACAAUCCGAUCAUCUACGUCGGCAUGAAUACGCAGUUCCGGGCGGCCUUCAACCGGGUCCGGAACAAGGACUACGCGGACAAUAAAACCACCCACACUAUCAAUACCAAGGAGACGCUUAGCCUAGACACCAGCAAGCAGCUGGUCGAGUGUAGUUUCGAUUUCUGUUCUAAGAAAAGUCGACUGAAGAUCCUGCUGAAGGGCGAAAAACCGACCAGCAGAAACAACAAUCUCCACCUGAACCACCAUUCGAGGGAAAUGUCCGAGGGGGGCGGAGACAGGAGCAGUUCCACCAAUGCGGGGCCAGAUCGAUCGCCGAUGCAGUUGAUGCUGCAGAAUCUGCCCCGCAACAAUGGCCACGACGAUCGAUCGCAUUCGUCCUUCGACGGGGCGAAAAUGAUUCAGCGGUCCGAUUUCGAAUUAUCUGUGAUCAACAAUGGGGAAUCGAUUUUAAUCAAAUCCAACACCUUUCGGUCCAAUCUAGUGUAACAGACGAGGGAUCAAGGCGUGACGAUGACGACGUUAGGGAUCCGAUUCGAUGUCGAAGUAGUCCAUCAUCAGUGCAUU